AUGGAGAACCUAUCAGGAGGAGAUGAGGCAUACCAGCGUAUAUUGGCAAUGCUCGCUAGCCUUGGUCUAGCAGAAAGCGACUUGCCCCCUGAGUAUAUGCUAGUCAGAUCGGACCAGGGUUCGAACCUGUAUUUCCCCGAGGGACAAGAGUAUACGCUCUACGACCUCAUGUGCGUGUAUGAGUUCAUAAAACAGCGCAGGAUUCUGACCACUUCCGAUCUGGACAGUGGCCAUGGCGAUGCAUCGGCCAGUUCCGUUCCUUCUAAUCAGCUAGUGGUGCAGGGUCAGACGCAGUCAAAUGAUACUGAACUCUUGUCUAACUCAGCAUCUGGUGACAACCAAAUGGAUGUUGAUAUGGAAGUUGAGGAUGUUGCUUGCGAUUAUUCUAUCGAACAAUGUGUGGAGCAUAGUGAACAAGAUACAGCGGGGCUAGCCAGGUCAUUUAGUGCACCGCAUGCUUCAGGAGACUCCCAGGAAGAUGUAUAG